AUGGCGGGUGCUAAGAUCCAGAAUGUUUCAGAACCGACAUACUAUUUGACUAUGUCAUUUGAGGAUUAUUUUGCGACUUCGACGGAGGAUUUAUCUGAGACCACAAUUACUGAGCAGAAAACUCGCUCGGUAAACAUCCACGGGAUCCUGUGGCCUAUCCUUUUCACAGUCCUUAUCAUCGUUGCCAAUUUUCUGAGUCUUGUAGCCUUCUGCGUCGAGAAACGACUUCGCACUUACAACAACUACUUCAUCAUUAACCUGACCAUUCUGGACUUCAUAACCGGGUUGGUCCAGAUUCCUGCAGUGGUUCAAACACACAUCGGGUGCUACCCGUUCUCGCAAAAUAUCUGCAAGGUGCAUUCUGCUAUCCGUUGGGGUAUUCUCAACUCCUCCAACCUUGCCGUGGUCUUGAUCUGCGCUGAUCGACAUCGGGCUACUUACGAUCCUAUCAAUCACUUCAUGUCACGAAGCAAACGAAUGGCCGUCAUCAAAAACCUCAUCCCAUGGACUGUUUUAGUAGUCUUCUGGUUUCUAAUCGUUACUAAAAUCCAGGCUACUCUAGGGGGUAAGAAUGUCGAAAAUCAGUUUGCUUUGAAAGAUGCGAACAAGGGAAAGAUCACAGCGGAGUUACCUCACGAUGACAUGACGUCGGCAGUCAGUACUGCAACCAUCAAUGUCGACCUUUCAUCCGAUAGUUUUGACCAGGGUCCAAAGAUGAAGAACGACAAUGCCGCGAAAAGUGGAAAGAAAACAACAAUGAAACGCGAAACUGCCACCGAAAUGAGCAAGGCUACCAGAACGCUCCUCGUCAUCGUUAUCGCUUUCGUAGUUUCAUGGCUACCGCUGAGCAUUCUCUCGCUCAUUUACUCCAUCGAACCCGUGCUCGCUGUGCCAGGACUACCGCGACCAGCACGACUGUUCUUUGGAUGGAUGCCGUACCUUAACAGCCUCCUCAACCCGAUAUCGUAUGCCGUGUCGCAACCGUUGUUCAGAUCUACUAUAUUCAACAUGUUCCUUUGCCGACGAAAGUAA